AUGCCUCCUCCACCCGCACCCCGACAACCCGGCGGCGGAUCAAUCAGCAUCCCAUCCGCCAUAUCCUCCGCGACACCGGGCGUCUCUCAGCCAUUGAGUACACCUACCGACGGCGUUCCGCAACCACCCAAAUGGGUGAAUCCCGGGAAAGAUGCCGCUAGGACUGCGGCUGCGGAUGCAGUAGCAGCUCCUACGCACGAACCCAGCAGCUGCAUUGCUGGUACGCCCUUGACGGGUCUCAAUUAUACGAAGGGAAAGCCGGAAAUUGUCGCGCUGGAGGACCAUGAAUAUCCGGAUUGGUUGUGGACUUUGCUUGAUGAUAGUGCCAAGAAGAGCAGUGAUGCUGGUGGUGUUGACGUUGCAUCAUUGAACAAAAAACAACGAAAGCGUUACGACAAGAAAAUGGCCGCAUUGGCAGCUACUCAACCUCGUAAGAUUCCUCUGCACGAACAGGCCACGGAUAUCAUUCCUGCCGAAUACAACACAGAGCAGGACGGACCUCGAGACAUCAUUGCUGAAGCGGCCGCUGGUCUCGAGAAGACGGAAGAGAUUACAAAGAGUGCGCGGGAAGCCAGAAGGAAAGGAAUCCGCGAGUCCAACUUUUUGCGUGGAUUGUAA